AGGAGUUAAUGGGGUCAAAAGAGUCAAAAUAAUUCUUGUUAUUGAUGGUUGUAUAAAAGCGGUGCCACUUCUAUCCUCUGCAGAAUAUCUCAAUAAGCGAGCUGAGUUAAUCAGGUAUUUGACGAGGAGUUACAGUUAUGGCCGACCACUCCGAUGAUUUAGACCAACUUCUCGACAGUGCUUUGGAUGAUUUCCAGAAUCUCAAUCUCACUCCUUCCUCUCAAACUCAAAGGAGUGGAGAAGGAAAUGGCACAGAGAAGAAGCAAGAAUUUGGUACUUUGCCAUCUGGGAUACAAGGGUUGGGGAUGGGAUUACCUGACUUGAAAACCAAGAAAAAGGGAAAGCAAAAGGUUUCAAAAGAUUCCCAUGUCACGGAGACUCUUAAUAAGCUCAGAGAACAGACGAGGGAGGCUGUGAAAGGAUUAGAAUCAAUGGCACAACCAGGUGGAUUUGAUUUCGGUAAGGAUGCUGUGGUUGAUGAUUGGGUUAAGCAGUUUGAGGAGCUUGCAGGCUCUCAGGACAUGGAUAUGGAAUCUAUUGUGGAGACCAUGAUGCAACAACUUCUGUCUAAGGAGAUCCUUCACGAACCCAUGAAGGAAAUUGGAGAAAGAUAUCCUAAGUGGUUGGAAGACCAUAAAGCUAGUUUGAGCAAAGAAGACUAUGAACGUUACUCCCACCAAUAUGAACUUAUAAAACAGCUUAAUGAAGUUUAUGAUAAUGAUUCUAGUAACUUCACCAAGAUCGUUGAUCUCAUGCAGAAAAUGCAAGAAUGUGGCCAACCACCAAAUGAUAUUGUUCAAGAGCUUGCCCCUGAUUUAGAUUUUUCUAGUCUUGGCCAAUUGUCUCCCGAGGCACUCGACUCUCAGCCAAAUUGUUGUAUAAUGUGAAGUAAUUGUCCUGAAGUUGCUAGUCUCAGCUGGUGUUUCUCUUCAUAUUAUGCCAUAGAUAUUCUUUUAAUAUAUUUUUGAGAAAAUAAAGCAAUAUAACUUUGAAUAGCAGUUCUUUUGUUAUUCCACAACCUUGGAGAAGCGGGUGAUGUUCUUGGGUUUUUAAGAAUAGUUGCUUUCAUCCAAGAGGGUCACAGUGAUAUAUGUAUGUUAUCCCCGUUGAGUGCU